UCGACCAUUUUUGUCUGUCUUAAUCAAACCGGCCUGCAUAGUUAAACGAGAUCGAAGGAAACUGCGAUCGGGGGAGGAACGGAGGUCUCAUUCUCUUUCCCCUGACCGAUUCGCCAUGAACAUUCUGAAGAGCUUCCCCAGUAGCGUAGCUCGGCGUGGCCGCUUCCUGGCUCUGCUCACCAAAUCCCGGCCUUUCUCGGUGGACACGGCGGAGUACGCGAAGAGGAACUACGCCAGCAAUGUCUCCGAGUACAACACUGUCAUCGGAUCCCUCAUCGCCCAGCGAAGAGGAUACUUGUUGAGGGAUGUGUAUGAUGAUAUGAUGCUGGAUGGAGUCCAGCCGGUGCGGGACACCUUCCACGCCCUUAUCGUCGGCACCAUGAAGGGGAGUCGGCUCCAGGAUGCCUUCUUCUUUCGGGAUGAAAUGAAAGCCAUGGGCUUACCCCCUGAUGUUAAUCUGUACAACUUCUUGAUAUCAACUUGUGGGAAAUGCAAGAGCUCUGAUACGGCGAUCAAGCUUUUGGAAGAAAUGAAGAGGCACAGUGUAAAGCUGAAAGGUGAAACCUACAUUUGUCUCCUCAACGCUCUUGCAGCAACAGGCCGGACCGACCAAGUCUAUGCCAUUGUCCGUGACAUGACUGCUGCCGGUCUUGGGUUAAACAAGUUUUGCUAUGCUGGACUUAUAACUGCAUUUAAAAACAAGCUACCUACUACUGAAGAGACCACUGCAAAAAUUAUUGAGCUUGUCAAGCAAUCAAAGGGGUGGUCUUCCAUCGAAACCUCAACAGACAGUGGAGAGAAUGUUAUGAUGAAUGUGUCAGAGGAAGAGUUGUACAACAUUCCUACUGCAGAAUUUGUGCACAGAAGAGGAUUUAUAAACAGACAGUUAACAGUCUAUCAUGUAGCCUUGAAUGCUUGUGCAGAUUUGAAGAGCAAAGAGACAGUGGAAACACUUCUUGAUACGAUCAAAAGAGAUGGUUAUUCAUAUGAUGUUUUCAUCGUGAUGCAAGCGAUGAGGUGUUACUUCAAUUGUGAGGAUAUUGACUCUGGUGUUAAGAUCUUUGAAGAGUAUACAAGCUCAAGACCCCCAACUGCUGAGUUGUAUGUGACCUUGAUUGAAGGAGCAAUGGUUGGAUAUACUCCUAGAGGAAUGCAAAUUGCUCAAGAGAAUCUGGAGAAAAUGUAUGCAAGAGGAUUCUUCUUGAACCCGAAGAUGGGAAGUGACCUUCUUCUUGCAGCAGCAGGAGAAAAGACGGGUGGAUACACUACUGCCAAUUAUGUAUGGGAUCUUUUGCAAAGCCGCAGGAUCAGUCCAUCUCUUCCUGCAGUGAAGGCCUAUUAUGAAGGUUUAAAGGAAAGGGAGAUACCAGCAGAUGAUCCAAGGCUUGUGUUGGUUGGGCGCAUGUAUGACAAUCUAAACCUUAGAUUUGGAGGGAGGAGAAACACCUAGUAUGGAUCCGUCAUGCCCUUGAGAUGCUUCUUCUAGAGCCAUGAGUGUUGUCUCCUUGUGCACUUAAUCCAGAAGAAAGCACAAGAACAGUCUUGAAGUCAACAGUGAAGCUAAGUCGUGUACUUAACCAAAGAGCAAAGCCGGUACAUCCGCUUAUACUUGCUUGAGAGCAGGUUUUAAGUUGCAUUUCAUCGAGUUUAUGCUACAGAUCUAUCAUUCUUGGUUUUACCAACACAGAAGACCAACUGAGAGUUUCACAGCAACUCGCAGAUUUCUACGCAAAUAAUCUUCUAACCUGACAACUUCUCAAAUGAAACAAACAGAAACCAAUGUUGGUGAAUAAGCUCAACCAUGGCUGCUGUUGAUUUUUUCGAGUUUGAGUCUGCUUUGGAGUCUUAAAUCUUUCAAUGCUUAUAUCCUUAUAUUUGAGUCAUGAAACAAAGCUCUUGUUCCUCAAAUUUGAUUGCAGAACUACGUUCCUCGGAUGAGCUGAAGUUUCUUUUCUUUCAUUCA